AACAUAAGCGGUCAAGAUGAAAAGUCAAACUCAUCCCUGUUAGUUGUUGGUAAACAUGUAGGUCCUCUCUCUAUACCCCCCUCCCAACGUUUACUUCGUAAGCGAGCGAGUGAGGUUGGCACGCGCACAUACAGAACAGAGUGAAUUCAGUCUACGUUCGUAAAUGGCGGCGAUGUGAAGUGUGCGCGUGCACGUCGCCUCCGAAAGGUAGUCCCUUCUUCAUUGUUUUAUGCAGCCAGCGGUCUCCGUCCUGUUGUGCGCUCUCACGUUUGCACUCUUACUGGAUGCACAGUGCGCAGCUCCUGUCUUUCGGUACUGUACAGUACGCGCAUCGAUGUAAGGUCGAAGACACAAAGGCCAUGGGAAGGGUACGAGUGCGCACAAGGUCGGCCGGCAAGAGGAGGCCGCCUAAGUCCUGAGCGAGCGAAAGCAUAGUCAAGCCGAGGAGAAGAGUGAAAAGAGAGUGCAGCCUACGAGAAGGAACCGCCAGCGAGGAGAGGAUGGGCACGCAGAAGCCUGGCGAGUGGGCCAACUCGCUCCUGUCCAGGUUUGAGGAACAGCUGCCGUACCGCUCAGGGCCGCAGACGACGAUCUCGCGGCUGAACGAGGAGAGGCACAAGAAGUGCCUGAUCCAGAUCUCGAAGCACCGCUUUUCCCUGGUCAUCUCGGGCCUGACCAACAUGCUGAAGCGCGUGAACGAGUGCGCAGGGCCGCGCGGCAACAGCGCCGAGGACAGGCAGUGCUACGAGUCUAUUGUCAUCAUCCUGGAGACGCUGGAGCGAUGCCUCGCUAGUCAGCCCAGAGACGCCAACAAGUGCGGCGAGGCCAUGAACGUCAAGCUGCUGCUCCGCGAGAUCUGCCAGUUCGUCGAGAUCCCGUGCGACAGCACGCGAAACGCCCACCUGAAGAGCCUGGCCAGCAAGGUGCUGUUCGCGCUGAGCCUCAACUUCUCCAGCGCCGUGUACAACCGGAUCUCGAUGCGGCUCUCGGAGCUAACGGUCUCCGCCGAGGAGAACCCCGACUGCAGCGACAUCGAGCUCAUCCAGCACAUCAACGCCGACCUCGAGCGACUCACCAAGCUUCUCCAAGACACGCUUCUGAAAUUCCGCCAACUGAAGAAGUCCGUGCACUUCGCGCUGAUAAGCUCUCUGGACAAGGCGAUCUGCAACUGGAUGGACACCUAUCCGAGUGAGUUCGCGGAUCUACAGAAGAAACAGAACGACGACCUGGUGAAGGUCUGCGGCGAGCUGUUCGACGUCCUCGACACGUUUUAUGACAACAAGAAGGGUCGCGCGGCAGCCGUGUGGCCGCUACAGAUACUGCUGCUGGUUCUAUCGCCAAAGGUGCUGGAAGAGGUUGUCAACACCGACUCGGGCGCUCCCUGCUCGUCCGAGCACCGCAGAAAGAAGCUGUUCAUCGACAGCGUGAGGAAGAGCCUGUCGAUACACGGCAGCUCCAAUCGCCAGCUGGUGGAGGCGGCAGCGGUGGCCUGCGUUCGGCUGUGCAAGGCCUCGACCUAUGUGAGCAACUUGGAAUCCAACAACGUGAUAUUCGUCCUGGUGCAGCAGGUCAUCAACGAGGUAAGCUCGCUGCUCUUCAAUCCCAACAAGCCGUUCUCGAGGGCCCAGAGCUCCAUCGCUCAGGACAUCGACCUCGUGAUCGACUGCUUCGUCAGCUGCUUCCGCAUUAUGCGCUACAACAACGAAAUCUUCAAAGUCUGCCUCAGCCUCAACUCUCCCACGAUGUAUCAGUUCGUCCUCGUCAGCUCUUUGUACAGGAUCGUCAAUCAGCCAAGACAGCCGUGGUGGCCGCAGAUCGACAUCGUCUACUCUCGGAGCGCCGAGCUGCGUAACAUGUUCACCGACACGCUCAAUAAAGUCACCCAAAGCUGCAUAUCUCACACGCCGUUGCGCAUGAUACAGAGCCUCACGCUCAAGGGAAAGGAGCAGAGUAAGUACAAGGACCGUGGGGAGGAAGUCUCCAGUCACAGAAAUUUGCUGCUCUGGAUAGUAAGGCUGAUACACGUCGAUCCUAUGCUAAUGUUAAAUAACGAAGGAAAGGCUGUCCACGAGAUCCAGAGCUCUACUCUCGAGCUGAUAAACGGCCUUGUCUCUUUGGUUCAUCAAACCACGAUGCCAGAUAUCGCCCAAGAAGCAAUGGAAGCACUCCUCAUUCUUCAUCACCCCGACAAAAUCAAGGCAUGGAAUCCCGAGGCAACGGCGACGAUGACCACAUUCUGGGACGUGAGCUCGCAAGUCCUAUUCUCCAUCUCGCAAAAGCUCAUCCAGCACCAAAUUGUUAAUUACACCGACAUCCUCAAGUGGUUGCGCGAGAUACUCAUUUGCCGCAACGUCUUCCUAUCGCAAAACAAGGAUUACGCAAAUCUCGGUAGUCAGAUUGCCAUCUGCAAGCAAGCACACAUCAAGCUCGAAGUUGUCUUUUUUAUGUACCUCUGGAGCAUCGAUAUGGAGGCAGUGUUAGUUGCAAUGUCGUGCUUUUCUCUACUUUGCGAGGAAGCUGAAAUACGAUGCGGCAGCGAUGAAGUCGCCGUUACUUGUUUACUGCCCAACUUUCAUUUGUACGUCGAACUUGCACAAGCCUCAACUGUUCUUACCACUGCCAGCGGAGAGAGUAGGUUUUGGUAUCGUGACUACUGCUUCGGACGUGCCGCACUGCAAAAACGCAUAAUGUCACUUCUUAGGAAAAUCGAGCACUGCGUCAAUGGUGUACAGCCUGCAUGGGAAGAAACGUUUCGAAAUUGGGAACAAACGUGUCGUCAGUUAAUAAACCACCCGAAGACAAAAACCGACGAUGGCCAGGUCGAGUCUUUUCACCGUAGCGUAGGCAAACGUCGAACAUCCCAUCAAAAUUCAGAACACGAACUCGAGGAACAGCUGAACGAAUGGGCAAACAUGACUGGUUUUCUUUGUGCGCUAGGAGGCGUUUGUUUGCAAAGACGAUCACCUAGCAGACCGGUGUCCGGGUUAUCUUUAAAUCCAGAGCCAAAGAAAAGUUCGGCAAAGGGUCAACAGCAGCAGCUGCAACAAGAUAAUCUUUCGUUAUCUAACACGAGCCAGGAGGUGCAAUAUUGUCCUGUUACUCAGUUUAUUUUCAAUUUACUCAGACUACUCAUCUGCAAUAAUGAAAAGUUUGGACUCCAGGUUCAAAAGCAUGUGAAAGAACUAGUUGGCCAUGAAAUGAGUCCGGCUCUAUAUCCAAUUCUUUUCGACCAGAUAAAAAGUAUCGUCGAAAAGUUUUUCGAUCAGCAGGGUCAAGUCAUACUGACGGACUUGAACACGCAAUUCAUCGAGCACACGAUCAUCAUAAUGAAGAAUGUCCUCGAUUCGAAGAACGAUCAGCCUUCGGAAUAUCUCGGCAUGGCUAGUAUUGAGGGUAUGACUUUGGCAAUCGUACGAUACGUGCGACAUCUCGACACGAAUUUGCAGACAAUACAUAUCAAGACCAAGCUCUGUCAGCUAGUCGAAGUAAUGAUGAAGCGACGCGACGAUUUGGCGUUUAGGCAGGAGAUGAAGUUUCGAAAUAAAUUAGUAGAAUAUCUCACUGACUGGGUCUUGGGUACCACUCAUCCGAUUGCUCCUCCUCCACCCAGUGGCAGCGAUAUCGCCAUCAUGACCAGAGAACUUGAUCAAGCUUGUAUGGAAGCGGUCGGGGCACUCCUUCGUGGCUUACCUCUUCAACCCGAAGAAUCUGAUCGUGGUGACUUGAUGGAAGCGAAAUCUCAAUUAUUCCUCAAGUAUUUUACACUGUUUAUGAAUUUGUUGAACGACUGCAACGACGCCGCAACAGAGGAAAAUAUGAGUAGAGAGAAGGAAGUCGCGAGAACACGACUCACUACUGGAAAAUUGUCUACCCUGCGCAAUGCCACCAUCCAGGCUAUGAGCAACUUGUUAAGUGCUAAUAUAGACAGUGGUCUCAUGCACUCCAUUGAUUUAGGCUACAACCGCGACCUGCAAACGCGAGCGGCAUUCAUGGAAGUCUUAACGAAGAUCUUGCAACAGGGCACGGAAUUCGACACACUAGCCGAGACUGUGCUUGCCGAUCGCUUCGAGCAGUUGGUUCAACUGGUAACGAUGAUCAGCGAUAAGGGCGAGCUGCCAAUCGCUAUGGCACUUGCUAAUGUCGUCACGACAAACCAAAUGGACGAGCUUGCUCGUGUCUUCGUCACACUUUUUGAUGCCAAGCAUUUACUCUCACCGCUGCUCUGGAACAUGUUUUAUCGCGAAGUCGAAGUGUCCGAUUGCAUGCAGACGCUCUUUCGCGGUAACAGUCUCGGCAGCAAGAUCAUGGCCUUCUGUUUCAAGAUCUACGGAGCCAGUUAUCUGCAAAGCUUGCUCGAGCCUUUGAUCACGCCGUUGCUCAGCGAUCCGCUCACGUGCUUCGAGGUGGAUAGCGCGAGGAUCGGUACCAAUGAGGAUAUCAAUCAGAAUCGUAGGAAUCUCAUUGCACUUACCCAGAAGGUCUUUGAUGCUAUCGUCUCUUCUGCGGAAAGAUUUCCACCGCAGCUACGCUCCAUGUGUCACUGUUUGUAUCAAGUACUAAGUAAGCGGUUCCCUCAGUGCCCACAAAAUAACAUCGGCGCAGUGGGGACGGUAAUUUUUCUGCGUUUCAUCAAUCCGGCUAUCGUCUCGCCACAAGAAAUGGGUAUGGUGAAUAAACCGGUACCUUUGCCAGUGAAACGUGGUCUUAUGCUGAUGUCGAAGAUCCUACAGAAUAUCGCGAACCACGUGGAGUUCAGUAAAGAACAGCACAUGCUACUGUUCAACGACUUCCUCCGCGCACAUUUCGAGAUCGCGCGACGAUUUUUCAUUCAAAUAGCUUCCGACUGCGAAACUGUCGAUCAAGCGAGUCACUCUAUGUCAUUCGUUUCCGACGCUAACGUAUUGGCACUGCAUCGAUUGCUGUGGAAUCAUCAGGAAAGGAUGGGAGAUUAUCUGAGUAGCAGUCGAGACCACAAGGCUGUAGGCAGGCGUCCUUUCGAUAAGAUGGCCACUCUGCUCGCUUAUCUCGGCCCGCCAGAACAUAAACCCGUCGACUCACAUUUAUUGUUCUCAUCGUCGUACGCUAGAUGGUCCAGCAUCGAUAUGUCGUCCACGAGUUUCGAGGAGGUCAUGGUCAAGCACAACAUGCACGAGAAGGAAGAGUUCAAAUGCUUAAAAAGCCUCAACAUUUUUUAUCAAGCUGGAACGAGUAAGCAGGGCUACCCGGUGUUUUACUACAUUGCCAGAAGAUAUAAAAUUGGCGAAACAAACGGUGACCUGUUGAUCUACCAUGUGAUUCUAACGCUAAAACCAUUCUGCCACGCGCCAUUCGAGCUGGUGAUCGACUUCACUCACACGUGCUCGGAGAACCGAUUUCGAACAGAGUUUCUGCAGAAAUGGUUUUACGUGCUACCGGAAGUAGCUUACGAGAACAUUCACGGCGUUUACAUUUACAAUUGUAACAGUUGGGUGCGCGAGUACACCAAGUAUCACGAUCGCGCGCUAGUUCCGCUCAAGGGCAAUCGCAAGAUCGUGUUCGUAGAUGGAUCCAACCGGUUGAACGAACUUAUUGAGCCGGAGCAACAGAAGUUGCCAGGUGCUACCCUGUCACUGGAGGAGGAUCUGAAAGUUUUCACGGGUGCGUUAAAAUUAUCGCACAAAGAUACGAAGGUGUCCAUCAAGGUUGGGCCUACGGCUAUUCAAGUAACUUCGUCCGACAAAUGUAAAGUGUUGUCACACAGCGUACUGCUCAACGAUGUCUACUACGCAUCGGAGAUCGAGGAAGUUUGUCUCGUGGACGAUAACCAAUUCACGCUCGCUAUUUCAAACGAGGCUGGUCCGCUAUCGUUCAUUCACAAUGACUGUGAUAGUAUCGUUCAAGCAAUCAUUCACAUUCGCAAUAGAUGGGAACUGUCGCAGCCAGACUCUAUGUCGGUACAUCCGAAAAUUCGGCCGAAAGACGUACCAGGCACACUUCUCAACAUGGCUCUUCUGAACUUGGGCAGCUCCAAUCCUGUGUUGCGCACAGCUGCCUAUAAUCAACUCUGCGCGCUUACGGCAACUUUUGAUCUGAAAAUCGAAGGGCAACUUUUGGAAACGUCGGGCCUCUGCAUUCCAUCGAAUAAUACUAUAUUCAUCAAACAUUUGAGCGAGACUUUAGCGGCGAAUGAUCCGCACCUAACACUCGAAUUCCUCGAAGAGUGCAUUCAGGGCUUUCGCGUAUCUACGAUCGAGCUCAAGCAUUUAUGCCUCGAGUACAUGACUCCUUGGCUGAACAAUCUUGUGCGAUUUUACAAGCCCAACGACGAGGGCGGCAAGCGCCAGAAGCAGGUUAAUCAAAUUCUCGAGAAACUGAUUACUCUGACGAUCGAGGAGGUUGAGAUGUAUCCCAGCAUUCAAGCGAAAAUUUGGAGCACCAUAGGCCGACUACCAGACCUCAUCGACACAGUGCUCGACAACUUCCUCCAUAGAAGCGUGCGCUAUGGUCUGGGCUCACCUAUGGUCGAGAUCAUGGCUGAUACAGCAGUAGCUCUGGCAUCGGGCAACGUGCAGCUGGUCGCGAAAAAACUGAUCAGUCGGUUAUGUCGCGUCGUCGACAAGACUUGUACUUCGCCCACGCCACUACUCGAACAGCAUAUGAUGUGGGACGAUAUUGCUAUUCUCGCAAGAUAUCUGCUGAUGCUAUCGUUCAACAAUUGUCUCGAUGUUGGCAAGCAUUUGCCUUACUUGUUUCACACGGUCACCUUUCUCGUGUGCUCGGGCAGUCUUAGCAUGAGAGCCUCAACUCAUGGUUUGGUCAUCAAUAUCAUUCACUCCUUGUGCACCUGCAGCUCACCAUCCUUUUCCGAGGAUACCUAUAGAGUGCUGAGAAUGAGUCUCGACGAGUUUUCUCUGCCAAAGUUUUAUCUUUUGUUCGGCAUUAGCAAAGUCAAGUCGGCGGCUGUCACCGCUUUUAGGUCAAGCUACCGUCACUCGAACGACAAGUGGUUUGGUAAUGAGCGUAGCAUCGCCACUUUACAAGAUCGCGAACGAUUGUCGCUGAACAGUCUCGAAGUUAUCACCGAUGCUCUGCUCGAGAUAAUGGAAGCUUGCAUGCGCGAUAUACCAAAGUGCGACUGGUUGAGAACAUGGACGUCUCUGGCAAAGAAUUUUGCGUUCUGCUUCAAUCCGGCCUUGCAGCCUCGGGCACUCAUUGUUUUUGGCUGCAUCAGCAAAAGUAUCACCGACCAGGAUAUGAAGCAGCUACUAAGGAUACUUGUCAAAGCACUUGAGAGCUUCAAUGACAUUAUGCUGCUGGACGCUAUCAUUAUGUGUCUCACAAGAUUGCAGCCGUUGCUCAGGCCGGAAUCACCGAUUCAUCGUUACCUAUUUUGGGUAGCUACUUCCGUGCUCCAGCUCGAUGAAGCCUCUCUCUACGCGUCUGGUCUAGCACUGCUCGAGCAAAAUUUACACACUUUAGACUCGCAAGGUACAUUUGACGACAAACCUCUCGAGAAAGUGAUGAUGUCAACGCGAGAGCCUCUCGAGUGGCAUUUCAAGCAGCUCGAUCACGCAGUUGGACUCUCGUUUAAGUCAAAUUUCCAUUUCGCUCUGGUGGGUCAUCUGCUCAAAGGCCACAAACAUCCGACGCCGACUACGGUCACUAGAACUACUCGGGUGCUCAAUAUGCUGCUAGCUAUUGUUGCCAAGACCUCAAGAAGGGAUAAGUUUGAGGUCACUCCUGACAGCGUUGCUUAUCUUGCGGCUCUAAUAUCUGUGUCAGAAGAGGUACGAAGUAGAUGUCACAUAAGGCAUUCGUUAAAUAGGAGUAUGGGUGAAACAGGCAGCUCGGACUAUUUGGAUACGUUUAAUUCGCACUGCAUGGUUACGCCAGUUAGUUUAAAUAAUCCAACAACUCGAAGGCAAAAGUCUUGGGAUCUACUAGAUCAGACUGCCAUCAGCCAGGCAAGGCAGCUGAAAUAUCAUUCUUCACACCAUCAGACUGGCAGGAUUUUAUUUAAAACGCAGCGAUCCUUCUCCAUGCCUUCGACCAAGGAAGCCAAAGCCAAUGACGAAAUGGAAACGCAGAAUCAAAGUGCGCGAGUCAGUGUCAGUAAUGAAAACAACAUAUUGCUCGACCCUGAUGUUUUAACGGACUUUAUGACUCAAACUCUCGUGUUAACGGUCUUGGCUACGCUAGUCAAGUACUCGACUGACGAGAACAUAACUCGAAUACUCUACGAGUAUCUUGCUGAGGCUUCUGUUGUCUUUCCAAAGGUUUUUCCCGUCAUUCAUAAUUUGCUGGAUGCAAAAAUCAAUAGUAUCCUAACGUCUUGCCACGAUCAGUCAGUGCUUAGUUCCGUUCAAGCCAUUAUUCAAAAUAUGAUCGCUUGCGAGGACACCAGUCAGCAGCACCUUCAUUACUUGCAAAGUUGCGGAUUUGGCGGUCUGUGGAGAUUUGCUGGACCAUAUACAAAAAGCAAUCGAACCGCAGAAAGUGCCGAACUCUUUGUCAACUGUCUUGAAGCGAUGGUAGAAACUUGCUUACCAGUAGAAGAAUUUGAAGUGUCGCACAGCGACGUGUUGUCCGAUCCGACAAAACGCUCGAGUAGCACUGCGUCAGAUUUAUCGAAAACGAACUCUUUGGUUACGAAAGUGCGCAAUUUUUCCGAAGAGAGCAGUUCUUCGUUGUCCUUUAAUCGUAAAGACCAUCCUGUAGAGAGACGAUUUGAAAAGUCGGACACAGCGAGUCAGGCAGCUUCGAUCGUCAAUGUCGAAAGUUCGCAACCAUAGCAUUUGAGCAAAGAGACAAAUAGCAGAUACAGUAAAUACGAUCGGACAAAUAUUCAGCAAUCUGCGCCUCCUGGAAUGUCAGCAUCAUGCUAUUGCUGCUUGAUGUCCAGUCAAAUAAAUCCAGUACCGUCCAGUUCGCGUUGAAAGUGCAGAUUUGUCGCGAGCCUAUCGUUAUUCAUUCAUUUUGUUUGUUUUCUUUUUUUUUUUCUUCUUUUUUUUCACGUACCCUUAAUUUUUGUUUUGUCUGUUCUAUUCAUCAUUGAAUCGAAAAGAAGGAACACCAACGAAAAAUAAAUAAAACUAGAGACCGCUCUUGUCAUAUAUUUCGCAGUCCGUAGCGAAACACCAAAAGUACAAAGCCUUUUGAAUGGUAUGCGAUGCACAGAAAAAAAAAUUGAAUUAAGAAUAGAGUCUCUGCCGAAUUUACGAUUUUGUUUUAAUAGAUUAUUCACGUAGACUGAAACGUGUAAAAUAAUUCUUUCUUUUACACCAAAGCUUUAUUCUUCUGUCUGCAGACGGAGAUUUUUUUCCUAAAGUCGUAACGAGAAGAACGCUUUAUGUGAUGAAUUCUGUAAGUAGAUAAAAGCAGAUUUGUAUAUAUUUUUAGGCGCGUUAUAAUUAGAAGAAAAAAAAUUAAUAAACCGAAGGACAGCAUUUACUGCGUCAGAAUAAAUGUUUGUAAAAAAGGUUAUUGUUCUCGUAAUAAACGAAAAGGAUUUUAAUGAGAUGAAAGUAAGCGCGGAACGCAAUAAGGUAUUGUUGUACAAUUUUAAGAAUAUUUAGAGUACUGUUAUUUAUAUUAAUAAUGAACUGUGAUUCUCCACUUAGUUCUGCUGUGCCCUGAGCGAAUUCUCAAGCGGAGAAUCGAUUAUGUUUUGUGCUCUCAACAAAUCGUUCUUCUCUCGUUGGCUUGCCAUUUCGUAAUUUUUACUUUGUUAAGUCGCUAUUAUGAUGUUUUUUAAACAAGUUAACUAAAUAAUGUCGGCGACGAUAAUGAAUUCCAACUGUGAUUAGAUCCACCAAACACCCGAUGGGACCUGUGUGCGGUCCUAACCUUAAAAAAUAAAUGGAAAAAAUAAUAAACUCGAUGUUUUAUCGUAGGGUAUUAUAAUAAUUGCAUAUCGAUGAAUCGAUGUUGAAAAGCUCUCUAACGUACCUGCUCUGGUUGAGUUAACUUUUAUGCCUUUUUCGAAUGAACAAUGAACAUGCGACAUAAAUUUAUACAUACUGGUGGAUGUGUAAGUUGCGAUCCGAGGUUUUUUAAUGUUUUCGUUGCCAGAAUAUUCUAUGCUAGAUAUCUAUAAGGUUCAUUGCGAUUUGAACUGUGAACGAACAAAGAAAAAUUAUGUAUAUUACUAUAGAUGAUGCCAACACCAAUUAGGGUUCGAGAAAAGAAAAACACUCGCGUUUGCCGUCGAUGUUCUAAAUGUGUAAGUAAGUAAAGUAAAAACGUGCGCGCGAGAGUAAUGUGAAUGUGUACAUCGAAAAAAAAAAAAAAACUUGGCGAGGCCUAUUGAAACGAGCGUACUGACGAGACAUCGCUUCUGUCUAAAUGUGAUGUGUAAUUUAUUAUUAUUACUACUACUACUAGUACUACAUAAUGUAUAAAUGGAUAAAUGAUUUUUAAGAAAGAGCCGCUUUUUGCUAUAAGUUGAAAAACAAAUUAAUAGAUUUAUUGUAAAUGAAAAGUAUGUAUCGCGCGAGAAAGUAACUGAAAUUCGAGGCAGAAAAAAUGAAUCGAAACGAAAGCAUUGCACACGAAGUUAACUGAUUGCGGAAGCGUCGGAUCAGAGCUCGUUGCUUCUGAAAUUAAGAUUAUAAGUAUUAAGCAAGUAGCAGGGAUAUGCGUUAUCGUAUCUUAAUAAAAAAUUAAUAAACACA